AUGGCGGAGCUUGUGGUCGGGCCGCUGCUCUUCAUGCUCAAAGACAAGGCGUCCAACUACCUUCUGGAGCAGUACAAGGUGAUGGACGGCAUGAAGGAGCAGCGUGAGAUCCUGAAGCGCAAGCUGCCGGCCAUCUUGGACAUCAUCCAAGAUGCCGAGGAGAAAGGGGCUUACCGGCCCGGAGUAUGUGCUUGGCUAGAGGCACUCAAGAAUGUCGCCAAUGAGGCGAACAAUGUCUUCGAUGAGUUCAAGUACGAGGUGCUGCGGCGUGAUGCCAAGAAGAAGGGGCAAUACAAGAAGCUUGGCUUUGAUAUCGUGAGUCUCUUCCCUGCCCACAACCCCAUCGUAUUUCGUUGUAGGAUGGGGAAGAAGCUCUGCAAGAUUGUGCACACCAUUGAGGAUAUUGUCAGCAGAUCUAGAAACGGAGAGAAGAAGAUAGUGAAUGUACUGGUUGAUCAAGCAAGGGACAGGGGUCUCAUUUCCCUUCCCAUUGUUGGAAUCAAUGGGUUGGGCAAGACCACCUUCGCGCAGCUUGUCUACAAUGACCCUGAAAUUAAGGAGUAUUUCCAACUCCAGAGGUGGUGUUGUGUGUCAGAUGAUUUUAACGUUGCUAAGAUUGCAAGCAAUAUCUUUCAGACCAAUGAGAUGGAUCGUGAAAAGGCAUUGCAGAACCUUCAAAAGGAAUUAAGUCAGAAGAGAUGCCUUGUUGUGUUGGAUGAUAUGUGCAUUGAUGAUAGCCAUAACCUCGGAAAGCUACAUAAAGUAUUUCUAAAGGAAAUACUUGAGAAUAGAGCAUUCUGUUUGCAAAAACCAAAUGCUGUUGAGCCUGAGCUAAGUGAGGUGGUUGAAAUGAUUCUGGAUAGAUGUGUGGGCUCUCCUUUAGCUGCCAAAGCCUUUGGAUCUAUGUUGAGUACAAAGACUAGCAUGAAAGAAUGGAGCUCUCCAGACACAGUUGUGUCCUACAUACGCUCUUGGCUUAGCACCACACUUGUUGAAGUACAGUCAUCUGCGAGCACUGGAAUUUUGUGGACCGAGAAAACAUCCACUUCGACCAAGGCACUUACAGCACCUGAGUAUGUAACUGAAGAAGAUGCUAAAGCAUGCAGCCUGGGAAAUAAAGAGAAACUCGCAUGUUUAUCUCUUGAAUGGAGCAAUUACAGCAAUAGGGAACUGGACCAGCACAGAAGUGUGCUUGAUGCUCUUCAACCUCAUGUUGCAUUGGAGCUUCUAAAGAUAAACUCCUAUGAAGGUAUUGGCUUCCCGACAUGGGUGACAAGUCCUAAUUUUCUGCAGCAUUUGACUGAGCUCUGCCUAGAUGGUUGCACAAUGUGUGAGGAAUUUCCACAGUUUGGUCAAUAUAAGUCGCUUGAAGUACUUAUCUUGAAAAGGUUGAGCAAACUGCAAAGCCUAUGCAGCCACAGUUCAUCUACAACAUUUCCAACAUUGAAAUACCUCACAUUAGAAAAUUUGGAAAAUUUUGAGAGAUGGGUGGCCUCAAAAGGAGAAUAUUUAACAUUUCCUGUACUCAAGAAUGUUAAAAUUGAAAACUGCCCAAAGCUAAUGACUCUGCCUGAAGCACCAAAACUCAAAGUUAUAGAGCUAGCAGAAGAGAAGGCUCAACUAUGCUUAUCAAUAUUCAGAUCCAGGCAUGUGUCUUGCUUGUCUGAUUUAUCCCUGUGUGUCAAUGAUACAGAAGCAAAACCAACACUGGAGCUUGAUCAAGAUCGUGAAGUAUCUCUUUCGGAACUAAGGUUGCAUGGUUGCAGCUUUUUGUUCUGCUCAAGUCCAUCGCAGCCAACAUUUGGGGUCUGGAAAUGA